AAAACUAAACCCGUUUUUUCACAGUGAUUUUUCGAUCUGAAUCCUGAUCGAAAAAUUAUUCAAUUUCAGAUUCAUUCAAAACCCAUCAACAAGUACAGGAAUCAAAUCAAACCCACACAGAAAAAAUGGAUUCAUCAAGACCAAAUCAAGGGAGAAAAACUGGAUUAAACCUCCCAGUUGGAAUGAACUUAGAUACAUUUGCAUUACCAUCUUUAUCAUCAUCAUCAUCUUCAUUUCAAUCACAUACAAAUAUAUCAUCACCAUCAUCACUCCGUUCAAUUUCAAACUUAGGAUCACCUUCAAAAUCUGCUACUUGUAGUGAUAGAUUCAUCCCAUGUAGAUCUUCGUCAAGGCUACAUACAUUCGGUUUAACCGAUUCACCGGUGAAAGAAGGCGGAAAUGAGAAUUAUGCUAGGUUAUUGAAAGCUGAAUUGUUUGGUCCUGAUUUUGGUUCUCCUUCUUUUGCAGGUUCUGGAUCUCCGGUGAGCAGUCCGAGUAAGAAUAUGUUGCGGUUCAAGACGGAGAAUUCGACCCCGAGUUCGCCUUUUUCUCCGACCGUUGUAGGUCAUAACGUCGGCGGAGUUUCACCUGGAGGUUCUACACCAGCUAAGCAGCAGAGAAAGAUAUCCAAGACGCCAUUUAAGAUUUUGGAUGCACCUGCACUGCAAGAUGAUUACUACCUGAAUCUUGUCGAUUGGUCCUCGCAAAAUGUCCUUGCAGUGGCAUUGGGCACUUGUGUUUAUCUGUGGAGUGCAACAUCUAGCAAGGUAACCAAGUUAUGCGAUUUGGGACCUGAUGAUGGCGUGUGUUCGGUUCAAUGGACGAAAGAAGGAUCAUUUUUGUCGAUUGGUACUAGUCUUGGUCAAGUUCAGAUUUGGGAUGCAACUCAGUGUAAGAGAGUGAGGACAAUGUCAGGACAUCAAACAAGAACUAGUGUAUUGGCUUGGAGUUCUAGAAUUUUGUCUUCCGGCAGUAGAGACCGUAAUAUACUUCAGCAUGAUCUUCGUGUCUCAAGUGAUUACAUUAGCAAGCUUGUUGGACAUAAAUCUGAGGUAUGUGGGCUGAAAUGGUCUCACGACGACAGGGAACUAGCAUCUGGUGGGAAUGAUAAUCAGCUAUUGGUAUGGAACCAGCAUUCUCAGCAACCAAUUUUAAAGCUGACAGAACAUACAGCUGCCGUUAAGGCCAUAGCAUGGUCGCCUCACCAGAACGGCCUUCUAGCUUCCGGAGGUGGAACUGCUGAUCGAUGCAUUCGUAUCUGGAACACUGCAAAUGGAAACCAAUUGAACUUUGUUGACACUGGCAGUCAGGUCUGCAAUCUAGCAUGGAGUAAGAAUGUGAAUGAGAUAGUUAGCACUCAUGGGUAUUCCCAGAAUCAAAUUAUGGUUUGGAAGUACCCAACAAUGGGGAAGGUUGCAACCCUAACUGGGCAUAGUUUGAGAGUUCUUUAUCUUGCAACGUCGCCUGAUGGACAGACAAUCGUAACAGGUGCAGGAGAUGAAACUUUGCGGUUUUGGAAUGUUUUCCCUUCUCUGAGAAAUCAGGCACAUGCUCGCGAUACAAAAGUCUGGUCCAUGGGACGAACUCACAUUCGAUGAAGUCAACUUCUCCUCAUCAGAGCACUCAUACUUAUAUCAUAUAAUACAAAUACGUUUUCAUUCAUAAGAAAAAUUGUACAGCAUGUAAAUUUUAGCAGAAACAAGAAGGUUGUCUUGCAAUAACAGAAUGCCAAUUCUUUUCCAGUUUUAAACUAAAGCAAAUGUUCUAAAAAUUUAUGUCAGCAAUACCAGUUUCACUGAUUACCAUA